GGAAUGACUCAGGUAAAAGGAAGAGAAACAUGGCGGCAUUGAAUAUUCCUGGCUUUCAAGAACAACUAUGGGGUAAUGGGCCAUCUCCAGGCGCUUUUUACAAUUUCCCUGGAAAUCAAAAUGGCCCUAAAACUGCCGAGCAAAUUUCACCAGCGAAAAGAACUUUAUAUCCUACAACAACUGGUACGUCUGUACUGGGCGUGAAGUUUGAUGGUGGUGUUCUCAUGGCAGCUGAUACAUUAGGUUCCUACGGAUCUCUUGCAAGAUUCCGUGAGGUUUCGAGACUGACAGCUGUUGGAAAUAACACAGUUGUUGGUGGUUCAGGAGACUAUGCAGACUUUCAAUACCUUAAAUCAGUUCUGGAACAAAAAGUUAUUGACGAUGCCUGUUUAAAUGAUGGCCAUGGCUACACACCAAAGUCUAUAUACUCAUGGUUAACAAGAGUCAUGUACUACAGGCGUACACGGUUUGAUCCAUUGUGGAAUCAGGUUGUCAUAGGCGGUGUUCACAACGGUGAAAGUUUCUUAGGUUGUGUUGACAAGAUUGGUAUCGCUUUUGAGGCACCCACAAUAUCCACUGGAUUUGGAGCAUACCUGGCACAGCCAAUUCUUCGCGAUGCAUUUGAAAAGAAUCCCAGCAUGUCUCUAGAUCAGGCACGGCAAGUGAUCACCAGAUGUCUACAAGUUUUGUUUUACAGAGAUGCCAGAUCUCUAAACAAGUUUGAAGUGGCAGUAAUUACAAAGGAUGGUGUAGAUAUUGAACCAGUGACUAGUGCCGUGACUAACUGGGAAAUUGCUCCCAUGGUCAAGUAGGUUUCAGUUUUU